AUGAACAACUCUACCAUGGAUCAACUUGAAGCGGCCCACAAGCAGGGUGUUGUACUUGGCCUUUCCGGCUUUAAUGUACACCAGCGCCUCGAUAUCGAUGUCAUGCUGACUGAGCAACCUGAUACCUUCAAUCUGUUCCUUAUCGCCUUGAUGGAACUCCAGGGCAUGGACGACCUCCCUUGGCAGGGUCAGAUCCCUGACGGCUUCUCCUUCAAGGAUGGUAAACAGCCGGACUUGAAGAUGUCCUGGUUUCAGGUCGCUGGCAUUCAUGGAUUACCCAGCGGUCCUUGGGAUGCUGAAGGUACCGGGGGCUCAUAUUGUAAACAUGGCGAAUCGACCUUCGGAACCUGGCACCGUCCGUAUUUGGCAAUGAUGGAGCAAACCCUGUUUCGUCAAGUGGCCAACGUGGCCAAACGGUUCUCUGAGUCGAACAUUCCGAGUGGACAGAAAACGAAGUAUCUCGCUGCUGCUCAACAGUUUCGUCUUCCGUACUGGGACUACUUUCGUCCUCGAGGAUCCAAGGUUACGUUCCCGGGAGUCACCAACCCUAAACAUGGCACAACCACUGCUCCCUAUGACUGGAGUGCUCCGCAAAUUUUCACACUACCUGAAGUCAUGGUUAGGCGUCUUCCGGACAAUAAACUUGUUCCUAUGCCGAAUCCUUUCUUCCAAUAUCAGUUCAACAGUGAGCAGUUCCAGUAUCUCACGCGCGAAGGAUAUCCGGCUACACUUGCGAACAUCAAAAAGACAAUCCGCUAUGGGGGAUCUGAUGAAGCAGCCACAGAGGCGAUGAAUAUCCAGUUGAAUUCAGUCCGUGAAGGCCGUGUUGGCAUCUGCCUCUCUUUGAUCGAAGACCAGGUUUACAGAAACUUCAGAAUGUUUUCAACCAACGCAGUGGACAACAAUACGGAAGAGCAACCUGCAGAGAAGCUCGAGCAACCUUCAGGAUCAAUCGAGGAUCUGCACAAUAAUUAUCAUGGAACUAUCGGUGGCGAAGGACACAUGAGUAAGAUCAAGACGGCCGCCUUUGACCCGAUUUUCUGGAUACAUCAUUGCCAGGUUGACAGACUGUUCGCGAUCUGGCAAGCUGCCAACGGCGACAAGCACUGGUUCAAUGAGCUUGAACCAAAGAAUCAGGGAAUGGGCAAAGACAGCCUGAAACCAUUCCGCAAAUGGCCGCUGGUGGACAAGUCAGAUGCCGAAAAUCGCUACUGGAAUUCCGACCAAGCUCGAUAUAUUACGGAUCUUGGUUACACGUAUCCGGAGUUGGCAAAUGGACAGACAGGCGACAAGGUUCGUCAAGACUUCGCGAGAAAGUACGAAUGGAGCCGAAGGACCACGGCGGAGCUAUUCUUCGGCACACCACCAGAUGAUAUGCAGCCUCUGCAAGUCGGAGAUGCCCAAGUCUUUCAGUACACGUCCGGUGUUCCGUCUGGAGAUCUCUUGAAGAUUCCCGAUUUUCCCGUACAUAUGAUGCAACAGCAAACCGACAUGACCGCAAUGACAUCCACACCGCAGUAUGCCGAUGAUUGGUAUAUUGAUGUUGUGGUCGAGAGAAUGCUCGCUAAUGGGACUUACACAAUUUUCUACAUCAUCGGCGACGUCCAAGGUCAGUCUGGUGGGGAAUGGUCCUCUCUCCCUGGCUUCGUGGGUAUGUCCCACAUCUUGGCAGCGCCUCGCGAGAUAUGUGAGAACUGCGCUCGUCAAGAUGAUGAAGCCCAACUCGUGACCAGCACAACUUCAAUCACUUCACUGCUCCUCGAUUACCUCCAGAUCGGAAAACUGAGCAGCAUGGAGGCUGAUGACGUGAAACAAUUCCUCAUUGACAAUUUGAAGUGGCGAGUUCAGACUGAAACUGGCGAGGUCCUUGAUCCUAGGAGCAUGUCUAGGGACCACAAUUUCAACCUCAGCGUCAGCCGCAAGCGAACGCCAGUACCACGCAGCGCGGGUGAAGUGCAAUAUGACAUUUACCCUGAUGUCAUCGAGGCUAUUAUUAGUAAUUCUUCUUAG